UCAUGUAAGUUGGUAUAGAUUCAGUUAAAGAGUAGUGACCCUUCUUUCACCUACACACUGUUGCGAUGAUAGAAUUAGUUCGUUAAGAAAAAUAAGAAAAAAAAUGACAACAGAAUAUAUUUUGAAAACAGUCUGUUUGGGUUUAUUGAUGACUUGUUCUUUAUCAAAUGCCAGGUCUGUCACGAACAUUCCACUAAAAAGAAAUGUUGCUACCGAAAACUGCCAGACGCCCACAGCGCCACCAAACGCAGAAGUUGACUGUGAAUAUUCUGAUGCGUUACAAAUUGAAAUUUUCUGUACGAUAACAUGUAAAACUGGAUACAAGUUUAAUCGAAGCGAUGCCAAGGACUUUGUGUUUCCUUGUGAUGUUGCCACCGGCUUCUAUACCAGUGUAACUACGCCUGACUGCAUUCCUGAAUCCAGUGGCAGAACAGAGUCUAGACAACUGGAGCUGGUUUGGAGUGCAGUGGAUGACCAGUGUGCUCUACAUGUCUCACAGUGCUCCAAAACGUUCCACGGCGUUUGCUAG